AUGGCAAGCAUUCUUGAAAAUCGUCUUUUCAUUGCUGGAGAAUUCGUUGAAGGAAACGGUGACAUGAUAACUGUAAUCAAUCCAGCCACAAAAGAAACAAUCGCAUCGGUACAUGUUGCUGGUGCCAGUGAGGUGGACACCGCGGUUGAUAAAGCGGAGAAAGCAUGGCCAGCCUGGGCGAAUGGGGACCCCUCAAUACGCGCGAAGGUAUUGAAUAAAGUGGCUGAUGUCGUGGAGGAGAAUGUGAAUAGCAUCGCGACGGUGCUAUCGUCUGAGAUGGGGAAGAUCCUGUCAGACUGCAUUAAUGAUGCGUAUUACCUUGCGCAUAUUUUCCGUUACUUCGCGGGCAUGGCGGACAAAGUCCACGGUAAAACCAGUCUCAAUGUACCUGGGUUUGUGGGAAUGGAAAUUCGGCAACCUUAUGGCGUCACUGCUGGGAUCAUUCCAUGGAAUAGCCCUCUCAGCAUGCUGGCAUGGAAGACGGCCCCAGCAAUGGCGACGGGGAACGCUAGCAUUAUCAAGACUAGUGAGAAAUCACCGUUAAACGCCCUCGUCUUUGCAAAGUUGGCAAAACAAGCUGGUGUUCCUGAUGGAAUUUUAACCAUCCUCAGUGGUGGACGCGAGACCGGGGAGCUUCUAUCCUCCCAUAUGCGCAUCAGAAAGAUAGCAUUCACUGGAUCCCCUGCUGCCGGAAGGGCUGUAGCGCAAGCCGCCGCUCGUUCAAAUCUAAAAUCAGUCACCCUGGAGCUCGGAGGCAAAAGCCCGUUCAUUGUCUUUGACGAUUGUGAUUUCGAAGACAUGCUACCCAAGGCUGUGGCAAGCUUUACCUCAAACUCCGGACAAGUGUGUAUCGCGGGGAGCAGAAUAUACGUUCAAGAUACUAUAUACGACAAGUUCAUUCAAAGGCUUGCUACUAGCGUCGAGAGUAUAAGCUUCGGAGACCCGAGCGAUCCAAAUAACGUAUCAGGCCCCAUGGUCGAUUAUCUUCAGUACAACCGAGUCAUGGAAUACCUUGAAAUCGGUAAAAAGGAAGGAAACUUGUUAGCCGGAGGGGUCGCAGGCUCGGAAAAGGGAUACUAUGUCAGGCCAACCGUCUUUACGGAUGUCAGCGACGACGCAAGAAUAAAUCGGGAAGAAAUUUUCGGGCCUGUAGCCGUCGUACAUAAAUUUUCAACUGAAGAAGAGGUUCUGAGAAGAGCGAAUGACACUGAAUAUGGGCUAUCAUCAUAUGUUUUUACCAAGGAUAUUUCUAGAGCCAUCCGAUUUGCGAAGGGCCUUGAAGCAGGGAUGGUUGUAAUUAAUUCAUCGUGGACUGCGGACUCAAAUCUAGGCUUCGGGGGUUGGAAAGGCUCAGGUAUUGGACGUGAACUUGGAGAGCAUUCAAUCAACGCGUAUACAGAAGUCAAGACGAUUUUCAUUCGCUGA